CUCUUGAUCUGCUCACGCCGCGUUCCCUCGAGAUCUGGACAGGUUGUAUCCGUGACGACCAAGGUAACGUACACUUUCAUGCAGGCCGAAGACGACGGCGUAGAAUUCCUUCAAACAAUAAACACCGUGAUCCCCGAUACGACAUGCCUCCACGAUUCCCCCCGAAGUCUGCUAAAAAGAAGGGGAAAGCCAAGGAGCCUGUGCUCGAAACCUACGACGACUUCUUCGAUGAAGCCGUGUUGCAGGAGGAGAAGGGUGAACGAUGGAAGGUGUCGGAUGGGCCGAAGGCCGGACGCUUUUUGGCUCGCGCACUCGAGCUUUACGAUCAAUGUCUUCGCCUGCGCCCAAAUGACUUCGACACAACCUACAACGUCGCCCGUAUCCAUUUCCUGUUAACUCAACUCCCGCCAACACCACCGACAGAGCAACUGAUCGCGGGCUUGCAAAGAGCGAUCGAGAGUCAUAAGGCUGCUCUUACGCUGAGUCCGGAGAACAUUGACGCGUUGUUCAAUACUGCACAAGUCUCCAUCGAAUUGGUGGAAACCGUGACCGAGGCAGACGAUGGCAGAGGAGGCCAAGUCGUUCCAGUGCUGGAAGAAGCGAUUCAGCUACUACAGCGCUGCUACCAGGUUCAAGAGCAGGAGUUGCGGAAUACCGCCGCGGAGGAGGCUACGGAACCCACAGCGAAUGGCGACGACAUGGAUACUGACAUCCCUAUCGCACUGUCAGCAGGUGAAGAGCUCAACGAAGAGGAUGAUGAAGGCGAGACAGAGCGCGCUACCGUGAAGUACGCAACAACGCCAAGCACAUUGCUCGACACCUGCUUAGCUAUGCUUCACGCCUACACCGUCUAUCUAUCCAUCAUCGCAUCAGCACCCCCCUCAGCUUCAUCAACAGCUGAUGCAGCCACUACUGUCCAAAACAUCACGACCUCCGCCAAUGAGGAUUUGAUCCUCAGAAAAGCAGCACUACUGGCUCAACAAUCUGAGAGAGAACCCGAGUUAGCACUCGCACGGGCGAAUCUGCUAAGCACGGCGGCGGCGGCGAGUGUUGCACAUGGAUUGGCGACACUGACGGAUUGGCAAGCUGCUCUGUCGCAUUACGAACGGACGAAUCCGAAGGAUGCAGAGGCCUUGUGUGAUCGUGCCGAUGCUCUCAUCGCAUAUGCGCGGGCGACCUCGCCGUUUGGUGCACCAGCAGAGGCUCAACAACAAGCUUGGACAGUAUACACCCAGGCGGCUGGUUUGCUCGGGGCAGCAGUUAAGCUCGCGACAUUUACGCAGCCGACGCCGCUUGAGGUUUGGAUCACGCGUGCUGAGGUCGAUUUGGCUCGUGCGAGGUUGGAUACGGAGGUGUCAAGGAGGAAUCGCGGUGUACUGUUUCAGAACGCGAGGGUGUUUUAUAAGAAUGCAGGUAGAGGUGAUUUGGGCGACGCUAUCGUGGAGGUAUAGAUCGAGAUUCAUAAUUGAUCUUGUGAGACGAAGUACCGUCACUUGUCUUCAAGUCCUCUCCAUCCAGCCCAGGUGUUAACGCCGGCAUCCUUUUCUUUGUAGCCCCAUGAUAUGCAAUACUGAGCACCAAGUAGCUUCCAUUCCUCCACUUCAUCCAACAUCUCCACUCCUUGUACCCGUCUUAUCUCAUCUUCUGGGAUCCACUUGUCAUGCAGCUCAUUUAUGUCUUUCGCCGUGCCUGCCGUAAAUCUGCCAUCCAAGAAUCUUCUUGCUUGUGACCGGAGGUCAGGAUAGGUCCCAAAGGUU